AUGGAAACUUCGCAAGCGACGAUUGCUCAACGAUCGUAUACUGGAUGCCGUACCUGUCGACAGAGAAAGGUCAAAUGUGAUGAGAACCGCGAUGACAUUGGCCGAUGUGGUUCUUGCUCCCGUCUGAACCGCCAAUGCGACUGGACCCGGGAAUGGAAAUUUAUUGACAGCAGUCGUGCUGUCGGAAAGCAGUAUGUGAUUCUUGGGAAGAAUCCGCAUCCAGUGGUCCGCAAUAACAAGCAUUUACGGACGACGACUUCUACUGGACAACUCACCCGAUCUCGCCCGUUGAUGUUUGUCAAUUCAUCUUCGGUUGAUCUGGCUGCAACAAUUGUGCCUGCAGAGCCCCAAUCACCGAAAUCAGUGGGCAAUCUGAAUUCAAAGUCAAUAUCUGAUUCUGCUUCCUCGUCUGAAGACUCGGAUACGCAAUCAAUCGUCUCCCGUGUCCCCUCGGAUAUGAUGAACUAUGGCACGAGGUCACGUGAUAAUGCGAUACACCCUUUGCUAUUUGACAAGAUUGUGUGUCGCAAGAUCAUGCCCAUGGCUGUUCGCUUUAAACUGAACAUAGAGGACGACGAAAAUGUUCUGCUCUCCUCCGCAAAAAAGUUUCUCCCACUGCGGCACGCGAUUUGCGCCAUCACACUUCUCAACAGUGGCAUGAAGAAUCGACCAGAACUCAUAGCUGGCUCGUUUCAGCACUACGACCGAGCAAUCACGGCGUGUCGUUCAAUGCCGGAUUCUUACAAUUGCGAAGCCGUCUUCUUUCUGCAUUUCAUACUUUUAAUGUACGAUAUUGCCUGUGCAUCACAACGAUGGCCUGAGGAUCGUGGUUCAUGGUCUAUACAUCUGCGCAAACUUGCCUGUCUGGCACGAGUACCAGCCGGAACCACAGUUGGUCGAUUACAAGCGUAUCUAUCAUGGUAUGUUCUUCUACUGGAUGCUCAAGCAGGUCUUGCCGGAAACCCUGAAGCAGGUCACUAUACCCGCGCGUUCUUGGACAAUGGUCGUUCAUUGCCAGUAUGGCCCAUAUCACAGAGUCAACGACAAGUCCUGUCGACACCAGGAGCUAUGGAGAUCUUUUUGCAAACUCACAAGCUGUCUUUGAUUACGUUCGAAAUGUUUGCUGAGCAGAGUCAGGCAUCACUAAAGCUUCGAAGCAUGUUGAAGGACCGGCAUGUUGGACUGGAAGAAAGACAGCAAUUCAUCCAAGAUCUGGAGACUCGACGCGAAGAACUCUGGCAAGCCAAUUGUCCUUCCGAUAUCGACAACCUUGACGGAAUGGACGAAUUAGGGAUCAUCAGAGGCACAUAUAACUUUGCACGAUUGCAAUACUCGAUACUUCAGCUGCAUCUGCAUACGAGUAUGUAUCCUUAUCAAAGACUUGAUGGUGAUGCAUUUGCCGAGGAAGAUGCUCGCCACUGCACCUACAUCAUUGAAACCGUGCGACAAAGCUUUGUUUUCAACGACAAAGAAAACCAUCAUUUGGCUUCUGGACUUUUCCUUGCUGGAGCAGCAACAAAACUCCCACACGAGAAAGCAGCAGCACUGAUUAUGUUGAAAGAGAUGGAGCACGCAGGGCUAUCUGGUGCUGUGGCACGGGUACGACACCUUCUCGAGCUUGUAGUCAGAGAGCAAGCAAAGAAAGAGGUUUCAGGCGGGAAAGCAGACGAAGUGGAUUGGAUUGAGCUGUCCAAAGAGCACGGUCUGAAGAACGUCGUGUUUGGAAUGUAA